GUAUGAGUACAUACCACGUGCCGGUGCUAAAUUACGUUUAUUUGUGCCUUGUUGUUGUUCGAUAUAGUGUGCGUAGUGUAGACUCCGUUAUAAAGUGUCUCUUUAUUGUUGUUACCUGAUUGUUGUUUUGGGCCACAGUAUUCCCGCAAUCGUCUGUGAUAUUUAAUAAGAAGCAACUGCUUAGACAUGUCGCGACAGAAAACGCCACUCCAACUGUUAGAGCAGCUUCAAAAGAAAACUGAAAAUAUUCGAAAUGUUUGCAUUCUGGCCCACGUCGAUCACGGGAAGACUACGUUGGCAGAUUCACUGGUUGCCAGCAAUGGAAUCAUUUCUCAGAGGAUGGCAGGGAAGGUCCGUUAUCUGGAUUCGAGGUGGGAUGAACAGGAACGUGGAAUUACCAUGAAGUCGUCCGCCAUUUCUCUGCACUUUGCCCUGGAAACAGGCAGCAAAAAGGAGUAUCUCGUCAAUCUCAUUGACUCACCAGGACAUGUAGACUUCACCUCCGAAGUAACAACGGCUAUCCGACUUUGCGAUGCCGCAAUUGUAGUUGUUGAUGUUAUUGAAGGAGUUUGUGCCCAAACAAAGGUAGCCUUGGAGUUGAUUUACCGUGAGCAACUACGUCCCGUUCUAGUAUUAAACAAGAUUGAUCGAUUGAUCCUCGAGAAACAAAUGACCCCACUUGACGCAUAUGUACGGCUACAACAGGUUCUCGAACAGGUGAACGCUGUUACCGGCGAAAUGUUUACCAAAACGGCUCUUGAGAGAAUUGGCUUACGUCAGGACGAUACAGAAGUUAAAGAUCAAGGAAAUUGUGUAACCAGCGAGUCAGAGAUAUACGACUGGGAUGCCCGUCUUGACGAUAUUGAUGAUUCUACAUUAUACUUCGAUCCUGCCAGUGGUAACGUUGUGUUUACCUCUGCCAUGGACGGCUGGGGCUUUUCAAUUGAGGACUUUGCUAGAAUUUACUCGGUAAAAUUGCGUACUCGAUACGAAAUGUUGCGACGAACACUUUGGGGCGACUUUUGUCUUAAUAUGAAAGCAAGGAAAAUCCAAAAAGGUGCCCAGGCUAAAGCCAAAAAACCACUGUUUGUGCAGCUAGUUCUCCAACCCAUAUUUGAUGCCUAUGAAGCUAUCUGCAUUAAAAGGGACAACGAGGCAUUAGAGAAGAUGUGCACUUCAUUAGGAGUAAAGCUGCAAGCUCGAGAUUUACGCCAGACUGAUCCUCGCGUAAAAGUUCGUGCCAUGAUGAGUGCAUGGCUUCCUUUGUCGCGAACCGUACUCAGUAUGGUGUGCCAAUGUGUUUCACCACCCGGCGAAAUGCCAGAGCAGCGAGUGAAUCAAAUUCUUAACCUUAACGAUACUCAAGAUCUUCCUGAAGACUCUGUUACUAUGAAAAAUGCUUUGCGCGUCGGUGACCCAUCCACAAAUGCUCCAGUGAUUUUGUUUGUGUCAAAGAUGUUCGCUGUCGAUAAAGCCUCAUUGCCGGAAUACAGGCCCAUACAGCUGACGACUCAAGAAAUGGCCGAGAGACGUACUGAGGCAAAACGAAGGCUUGAACUCAAAUCACAGAAAAUAGAGCAAAAUGAUGAGUCGACUAAACAAGUUUCAGAUUGCGAAAAACCAUUAGAUGAAAAGUUAGAUGAAGAAACUAAAAGCCAUCUAACAGAGUCUCUCGAGGAGAACGAAAACACAACAGUUUUUGUGGGCUUUGCCAGAGUCUUCAGUGGAACACUGAGAAUAGGAACUGAGCUUUACGUCCUGGGACCAAAGCACGAUCCACGAACUUUCUUGACUAAGAAUCCCACACUCCAAGUGGACCAAAAGCGGACACUGAAAGACCUCCAAGCUGACGAGCAUGUAACUCGCAUAACAAUUGAUCGACUGUAUCUGCUUAUGGGAAAAGAACUCGCGGCCAUAAACGAAGUACCUGCUGGAAACAUUCUUGGUAUUGGUGGACUGUUAGAGCAACACGUUGCAAAGUACGCGACCCUGAGUAGCAGCGUGAUGUGUCCAGCAUUUACUGACCUAACGUCGCCCGUUGCUCCUAUUUUGAGGGUAGCGCUUGAGCCGAAGAAUCUUCAAGAUAUGCCUAAACUUAUUCACGGCAUGAAAUUACUCAACCAAGCUGAUCCGUGCGUACAGGUGAUUCUACAGGAAACCGGGGAGCACGUUCUGAUAACGGCGGGAGAAGUACAUCUUGAACGUUGCCUGUUAGAUCUAAAGGAGCGAUUUGCCAAAAUCGACGUGACAGUCUCUGAACCUAUUGUUGCCUUCCGCGAGACUGUCGUCGAACCUCCAAAAACCGACAUGGUUAAUGAGGUGAUUGAUAUUUCAAAUAGGCUAACAAUUAAAGAGGAUGAUGGAGAUAAGACAAUUAAUCCCGACCGAAGCGUAACUUUAUUCACAGCUUCCAAACAGAGUUUCCUCACUAUCAAGGCGCUGCCUCUUCCAGAAACAAUAGCAUCCCUGCUGGAUUUGGAGACAUCUUUAUUGAAAAAGUUUGAUCAAGCUAAGAAAAAAGAGCGAGAAAAUAACUCAGAAAUUGGCUGCCAGCUUACAGAGAGAGUGAAAAUGUUUCGGGAAAAGCUUCAAAAGACGUUUGGUGAAUCUGAUAUCGACCUGUGGAAAAAUUUUGAUGUCGAACAAAUCUGGAGUUUUGGCCCGAAAAAAUGUGGACCGAAUGUGCUCAUUAAUGCCGUCAAAGAUUUCCCAGUUAGCUAUUGGGAAACUGUCGAUAAAAGCCUGGGUGAGCGGCAGUUGUUGGAGAGCAACGUCGUGUCUGGGUUUCAGCUUGCCACUCUAGCGGGGCCAUUAUGCGAGGAACCGUUGCGCGGUGUGGCAUUUGUGGUUUCAGAAUGGGAGAUUGUCAGUAGCAGCGAAGACGCAAGCUCCCCAUAUGGACCUCUAUCAGGACAAAUUAUGGCUACAGUCAAAGAUGCUUGUCGCAAAGCUUUUCAGAUUCAGCCACAGCGCUUAAUGGCUGCUAUGUAUGAAUGCACAAUAGGAGUCACGGCGGAGGCUUUGCGAAAAAUGUAUUCCGUUGUUGCACGACGACAUGGCCGCGUAACAUCUGGCGACCUCAUCGAGGGUAGCUCAUCCUUUGAAGUCCGAGCAGUGUUACCGGUCAUUGAAAGCUUCCGGUUGGCCGACGAAAUGCGCAAACAAACAAGCGGUUUAGCUCAGCCGCAACUGUUCUUCAGCCACUGGGAGCUAAUUGAUGUCGAUCCUUUUUGGGUGCCGAACACCGAAGAAGAGCUGCUACAUUUCGGAGAAAAAGCCGAUUCGGAAAACCGUGCAAUGAAGUACAUGAACCAGGUGCGUCGGCGUAAAGGUCUCAAAGUGAAAGAGCAUGUUGUCGAACAUGCCGAAAAACAACGAACUCUUAGCAAGAAGAAAUAAUGAAACAACACGGUCCUGGUACAGACUGUGAUUGGUGAUUGAUCUUCAUUAACAGUCAAAACAGCAGUUACAGAAAGGAUGUCUUCAGCCGUCGUCGUUUCCAAAAGUGUAGUAGUCGCUACAUUUGCUAAUACUACUACCGUUACUGCAUGGCUAGAAUCGUAGUGCGUGACUUGACGCAACCGUAAACGCUGAUUGAGUUGCCGUCUUGUUGUUGCAUAAAUCGCGAAGCUAAAGAGAGCAGAGACUCCGUUGGCUUUCAUCAACUGGUUGGCUGAGUGACUCCUCAUUAAAUGUGGUGAAAAUGAUUAAAUCUGGUGUAAAAGGUAUAUAAAGUCGCAACGCGCUUUCGCUACUCCCCAUGCGAACGGGUACUGAGCCACCCAGAAAAUGUUCCGCCUGCGCGCUCCUCGGCUAAUUAGCAGUCCAUCGGUCUUCAUGAUAACGUUCUAGGUGGCACGUAUUUUGGCACAGUUACAUGCAUGACAUCUUGUGGGCGCAAGCCACAACUAGGUGAUGAAAAAAACGAAGACUGUUAUCCAUUGUCGCGAAUUAUUGUUUAUGAACGAAUAUUGUCAGAUAGUGACAUGUGAAAGAAUGUUGUCAGAUAGUGAUAUGAUGAUGAGAAAACGCAUAACGAGAAAACACGUAAGGUGACCCAAGAGCUGCUUUGUAGACACAAGUCGGGUGCGUCGUAAGUAUGAGGUGAGAUCUCAUGAAUUCCCCUUCAUCGUUAUGGCUGUAGAGGUAUCGCUGUUGUUCUUAUGUGAUGCUAUGUUGUUAACGCUGAUACGCCGCCUAUGGUGUUAUUCAUGGGACGUUUAACAUUGGAUUGCUAUGAUGUCACUGUGAAUGUGAAUAAAGUUGGUGAACCGAAUAAGGCUUGGGCGUCACCAGCCACGAGCCGGUCACCAUUGUAGUUUACUAAAGCUAGUUGUUGUUAUUGCCUUCGUUCUAUUCUAUGCGUUCUGUAAAUAUCUCUCCUACCGUAACAAUAGAUAUGCUGCCAGGCGUGACGCAAUACGCUCGCCUCACGACUCAAUGCAAACUGCGUGAGCUAUAGCCGCGCUGGCCCCAUAUAGCAAGAAAUUUCUUGGCGGAGAUCACCUGCUCCAUUCGCGGAAAAAGCGAUGGGUUGGGGUGGAGUGUGAAUAGAACGAAGCUGGAAAUGGAAAGGGCAAAGGAACGGCAGAGAGAGGUGAUCCUCGUACUGCUCUAUAUACAACCGAUAUCUCAGUCGAUUCCUACAUACGUAUAAACCAGUAAUACUGCAAUAUAGGACAGAGAUGUAUGUAAGUUUGAUAUUACUGCUAGGUUGAUAACGGUCCUGUAUAUAAUUUCUCUUCUAUGCAUAUUUUAUGAUCCCGUGAAAAUAAUAGUAAUAAAAAUAACUGUAACGAACCGGCCCUGGCUGCCUUUGAAAUGAGCCUAUUAUAGCAGCAUCCUAAUCAGGGAAAUAGAUACUAUGCAAGUAGAGUGGGCACGCUACCACCAGCAUCGUCAAACGUGUUGUUCGAUCAGUUCCCACAAAAUGCAAGGCAUGUGGUGAAGUGUGAUUAGAACAGUGUUCAUCGGCAAAUUUCUUCAGUAGAUGACCAGGAAAAAAGCAUAACGAAAGUACGAAUCUACUUGAAAAUAGAUUCGGAUCCCUACCGACAACGCGAGUGACUCGCGCGGCAUUCUUACCGACAGCAGCUCAGCAGUCGAAUUUAUUUUUCGUACGUAAUUUUCAGUGCAGUUCUCUAAGGGCGGCUCACAAGUGCUAAGGUCGCAUACCCUACACGCCAAAUCGAGACAUGGUAUGAAGGCAAACGUUUUCCGAGAAAAAUUCGAAGAUUAGAAAAAUGGGUUGAGGUAGUAAGUCCCUGGACGAGGCUGGUCAAAAAUUUUUGACUGAGAUGGCCGUAAAAGGCGCAAAUGGCAUAACAAAUUGCUCGUCAAGUUCCAUCUGGUCGGUACUGUAUUCUCCAUCAAUCUCCAUCGGUUCUCCUAUAAACUGAUCAUAAAUGUCCAUCCCCGCAACGUACGGCUCACUCGUAUCCAUCGGUUCUGUUUCGGUUUGCUUAAUGGCGCUUAAUGCAUAAAAGAUCGUACGUUGGCUUCUACCGUUCAUAAUAGUAAUUCUUGGAUUGCUGUUCCGCAGAACAGCGGCACACGUAGUGGGACCACACCUGUAGGAGGUUUCAGCUUCGUCUCUAUCAGUCAAAUCUGGACUGAAAUAUCCAUUGUAUAUUAGAAACUAUCAAUGUGUUGAACUAUCUGUAAAAUUUCCAAUAUAAGAUCUACAUGGUUCUGCUUAGUACUUACGCAAUUAUAAAGCUCAUCAGGGAAGGUUCGUGAAGUAAAAUGUCUUUUGAUAAAAAAACGAAAGGCCUUAAAGUAGAAGUUGAGAUACGUGUGUGAUGUUUAAAUUAUCUAUGCAAUCUAACAACGCACGUUUGUUUAGUUAAGCUUAUAGUGCGAAUAAAAACAUGGCUAUCAAUAGUAGAGUUCUCAAUCAAUAAAAAUCUGCGUCAACUGAUUGAACCACACAUCAAAAACAGUUUGUUGAAGUGAGUGAACCCUCAUCUAGAUAGUGUCAUACUUGUGCCCAAGGUGAUUCGAUGUAAAUAAAGUAGUACAACAUACAGAUUUUUAAAUCCCGUUGUAAAUACUUCGGUCGUCGUGCGUUCAAAUGAUUGUUCAUUAAAAACAACGCAGUCACUUUAAUAUAUAUUAUGUGUAAUGAUUUAGUCCUAGUCUGAGCGGUAUCUCUGCUAAAACCCAAUAUAACGCCAACGCCAACGAUGCUAUAGAAACAGCCAGUAAUUUGUCUAAAAGCGCCAAAUAUAUUGUUUGUGAUCAUUAAUUCAUAGCUAAAUGGGGAAAAGCUUACCUCAACGUUUGAGAUCAUGUUUCGAGUCUUGUAGUACCGUUGUGUCAGGCGACUGGCCCCUGCAGGAAACAAGCGCGGAAUCUUUGCUUUUUAGUUUAGUAAAUAUACACAUCGCAACUGCACCAUCGCGGAAAUCAUGCAUGUCCAAAAGUCUUGGUACACAGACCAAUGGCUCUUAUUUACAGAGUGCUGAAGAUACAUUCGGAUAAAUUUUUUGUGGGGAGUUAUACGGCGUGUGUGUACCCACGAUUCUUAGAACGAGAACAACGCCUGUCAUUUCCUGUACAAGACCAUAAGUCAUUUAGGGUGAGGCAAGGGAUCUACUGCUGCAAUAAAAGAUUAAUUAUUUUUGGAUACUCUUGCGUUAGACAUAUCCUUGCCAAGAUUCUUAGCUGUUUUGGUUACUCGUGAUUACAACUGUGAACCUGGCUACUGAAGAACCAGGAGCAGAUUUUUAUAUAAAACGAAGAUAAACACGACAGAACAUCUGCUGUAGGGGUUCACGAUUAAUUAAAAGGGAGCAAAAGUGCAAUUUUUAUUAUCCUGAGGUUUUGGUUCACCCUUUGGUACUGCAUUUAAGACGACAAGAAUAUAAUGGCUUAAAUUAUUUACUAUAAUUAAGUACAAAUAUUAUGCCUUAAGACAAAAGCGUUUGCAUUAGAUGCACAGCAUUUGUGUUAGAUGUGAAAAUUAAUCACAGAGACGAUCCUUAACGUUACAACAAUUCAAAUGCCCCUUUUAUCAGUAGAACCAAAUUUUCAGCCGAUGUCCGCGCUCUUAGUAUCCUCUCCGGCGUUAGACAACAUGUCACAAGACACACUGCUUUCAGGAAAAUCUAUCUAUUACUAGGGGCAUCGUAGGUAUGGCUACUGUUGCAAACGGUAGACCACACAUUUUUACUUCUGAUGGCUCACCGGCGACCAUGAGCAGGUUAAUGAAAUGGUUGCUCAGGUGGCUGAGUAAGUGGGUACUUCCUGUAUUUAAUGGCCUCUUUGCAGCCUAAAUUUGAACCCGUGUGUGAUCGAGGAAAAAUCCAUGGAACUUAAGUGUGACAAUGCCGUCUCGCUAACUGCCGCUAUCAAAGAAUGUGAACAAGACUGUUGUAACGGUUGUGAAGGUUUCAGGCUUUAAAAAACAAUAACAACUACUUUAAUAGACAAAUCCUUCAGCAAACAAUUCAUCAAAAUAUCUGUGUUCUGUUAUAAACAGUAUAUACACACCUUCGGAAGGCGAAUGAUGCGAGAAACAGUAGAGCGGGGUGUACAUAUGGUACUCUAAUUUAUGCCGAGAAGUCUGUUAAAAUUUUGUCGUCAGCAUUUACAAUAUUCGAGCCACACAUGGUCAUCAGUCAGAUGACUGCCAGGUGAAACAAAGCAGUGUUUCAAAUGCUCCCAAAGCCGACGCGAUCCUUGGCUAUUAUUAAUCGAAAGUGCUGUCUUUACUUACAGUAUUAUACUCAUAAUUGGUAAGCACCUAGUGUUCUACGGAAAUCGGAUUGACCCAGAGCGCAGCUUGGCUAUUGGGCUGAAUUCACAAUAAUGUGCAGAUUACGCUUCGAGAAAGCCUGAAAUUAACAGGAUCUUGCUGGCUUUGCAUUAAUGCAUAAAACUUUUGAAAAACGGCACUACCCCAGUUAAAUAAAGGCUUUAAAUUUCUUCAGACCUAGGAAUUGCACAUUUUACCAUCAUAGUGUUGUGAUACAUUCACGGAAAGUUAAAGUUGCAACUAACCACAAGCUUCGACAGUUUCUAGAUGAGUCAGCGAUUUUAGCAGCAGCUCGAGAUGCACAUUGAGUAUUUUUUCUACAUUAAAUCAAGUUAGCGAACAUUAUUAGUUGAAAUAGAAAAUUUCGUAGUAAAUUAACACGAUAGCCUACCCUAAAAUCUAGAUCUGCUAAAGGGGUUGCCGUUUAACCGCGGUUUCCAUUUUGUUUUACAUAGUAUAGUCGAUGGAGUGAUUAUUUAUUAAUUAACAGGCCUCUCAAUAAUUGAAAGGAUUGUAACAGCCAUUCGCAAAACCGAAAUAUCGCCUGAGCUCCCAAUCUCUGUUAAUAGCUAUUUAAAAAACAGAAACUAUUAAAGAUUUAUUUUAAACAUAAUUUUGUUUUAGAUAAUAUUGAGGUCCGCGUGCAUAUUAGAUAUCAUAAAAGUGUUGCUUUAUUAGAAAUUGUAAUGAAAUACCUAUCUUGCAGUAUUUUGUUUUCAGCUUGGGGUAGUGUGAUGUAGCGUGUUAUUACUAUUUACCUAGUAAAAAAAUUGAAAUCUUCAACCUUUAACAAUUUCCUACUUUAAAAACAUAAAAGUUCGAUCUUACCUUUUAAAGUCACUAGAUCGACAUUCUCUGAGAUUAAAAUGGUAUAGCUCUUAAGUAAACUUUGAGUUCAUGUUAAGUAAGUUCAACUGAUGGAAAUUAAUACUGAUAAAGACACACACAUAUUACACGCACAUCACCUACAGCUAUUGUCUAUAUAAACUGUAAGAACAACGUUUUGUGUCAGUCCCUGUUGAGAGCAUUCUGUUAAAAUGAAGUAAAUAAAUUAAACUGAUUCAGUGAUUUCAAAAAUGAAAUGUAGUUUACUGAAUCGUAUGUAGCUAUAUACAAAGACAGGAGCAACUUCAUAAUAACGCUAACGAAAAACAAUUAAAUGUGUUU